UCAGAUCGAGCAGCAUGGAAGCCCGAGCACUGUUUCUUUCUGCUGCGACUCUCCUGUUUAUCCUUUUCGCCCGAGCACGAUCGGCCGAGGUUUAUAUCGUUUACUUGGGUGCUGUUCGCAAUUCUUCUCACGAUCUCCUCGAAACGCACCACAACUUGCUCGCGACGGUUUUCGACGAUGUGGAUGCCGCAAGGGAGUCUGUGCUCUACAGCUACAGCCGAUUCAAUGCCUUUGCUGCCAAGCUCGAGCCACACCAAGCUACUGCACUGGAAAAAAUGCCUGGCGUCGUAUCCGUGUUUGAGAGCCAAGUAAGCUACGUCCAAACCACGCGAUCGUGGGAAUUUCUUGGUCUCGAGGACGAGCAAGGAAAUGUUCCACAAAACUCACUCUGGUCAUCUACGAAUUAUGGUCAGGACAUCAUUGUUGGUGUUAUUGACACAGGGAUAUGGCCGGAGUCACCUAGCUUCGAUGAUUCAGUGUUUACUCCAAAGCCGGCACGAUGGAAAGGAACUUGUGUUGGCGUUCCCUGCAACAAAAAACUAAUAGGUGCUCAGUACUUUUUAAAAGGAAAUGAGGCACAGAGGGGACCGAUUAAACCGCCUGAGCAGAGGUCGCCUCGCGAUGUUGCUGGUCACGGAACGCACGUCGCUUCUACUGCUGCGGGAAUGCCCGUGUCUGGGGCCAACAAAAAUGGACAGGCGAGCGGAGUUGCCAAAGGUGGUGCUCCGCUGGCCCGACUCGCCAUCUACAAAGUCAUCUGGAACGAAGUCGUCGUGGAUGCGGAUCUUCUCGCGGCCAUUGAUGCCGCACUGACCGAUGGAGUCGAUGUCAUCAACCUCUCUCUCGGCAAAAAGAUAUCCACAGCCCCGUAUUUUGCGUACCUCCAAGAUGCAUUAUCUAUCGGUGGAUUUCAUGCUGUCCAGGCCGGAGUUCCCGUGAUCGUAGCUGGUGGAAAUGAGGGCCCGGCUGGUUAUACUGUAGUGAACAUCGCGCCUUGGGUUCUUACAGUCGCGGCAAGCACUGUAGAUCGUUAUAUUUCGAGCUAUGUCGUCUUGGGAGACAACCAAGUGUUUAGCGGAGUGAGCUGGUCAAGAAGUUCUCUUCCGGCGAAUCGCUCCUAUCCGCUUGUGUACGCAGCAGACAUCUCAGCUGUAUCAAACAUCACAGCAGCCACGCUUUGCCUUCCAGGCACGCUCAAUCCAGCCAAGGCACAGGGACAAAUCGUGCUCUGCCGUUCUGGCCAAAACGAUGGUGAUGAUAAAGGUGAAACUGUGCGACGAGCUGGCGGAGCUGGAAUGAUUAUGGAAAAUCCUAAGAACCUGAGGUCUGAAGCUAAGCCUAGUCUUCCUGCUACUCAUGUUGGUAGUAAGGCUGCGGAGGCCAUAUACGACUACAUACAACGCACUCAGUCUCCAGUCGUGAGCCUUACUCUAGGACGUACACAGCUUGGAUACAAGCCGGCUCCUGUGAUGGGAAGUUUUUCGUCCCGAGGUCCCAAUACAAUCACUCCAGACAUUCUCAAGCCCGAUGUCACAGCUCCUGGUGUGCAAAUUCUGGCAGCCUGGACCGGCCUUAAAGGGUCCCAGUUUGAGUUUGAGUCCGGGACUUCUAUGGCCUCUCCACACGUUACCGGUGUCGCUGCUUUGCUGAGAAGUCUGUAUCCAAGGAACGCAAGGAACGCAUGGAGUGUCGCGGCCAUAAUGUCAGCUAUCAUGACAACUGCAACGAUUCAAGACAACGAAAAGAGCAUUAUCAAGGAUUACAACUUCAGAACCGCCACUCCUUUCCAGUUUGGAAACGGGCAUAUAGUUCCCAACGCGGCUGCUGAUCCGGGCCUCGUUUACGGCGCCGGCGCUCAAGACUACGCUGAGUUUCUGUGCACGACAGGGUACAGCAGCAGCACGAUCCAGCAAGUUCUUGGAGUCGCGGCCAGCUGCACCACGGCGAUUAGAAGAGGCUGCGACUUAAACAGGCCAUCGGUGGCGAUAUCCAACUUGAGGGGCCAGAUAUCAGUGUGGCGGAGUGUGACUUUCGUCGGAAGGUCUCCAGCGACGUUCCAGAUUUACAUCUCAGAGCCUCCGGGCGUGGGAGUGAGAGCGAAUCCAUCCCAGCUCAGCUUCACGAGCUAUGGCGAGACUGCUUGGUUCCAGCUCUCGUUUACGGUAAGGCAGCCUUCCAGUGACUACUCGUUUGGCUGGUUCGUGUGGAGCGAUGGCAUCCGCCAAGUGAGGAGCUCCAUUGCUGUCCAAGGAAUAAGCACAGCGUCAGUGGCAGUGGAGUAAAGAUUAAAUUAUAGAUAUAAACUUUGGCUAUAUGUUUUAACCUAUAAUCAUACUAAUGUGAAUAAUAAUAAUUAUUAUUAUUAUAGUUAAAA